GCAAAGGGAGCAGCUUACAAUUAGAGAAGGAACUUUUCAGUGUGAGUGACACAAACUUGGGGAGCUUCACUUUAGUAAUUCAAUUUGAAUUUAUGGAUUACUUUUUCAGUUCCAUGGACCAAUGGAGCUACUUUGAUACAUUGUAAUGUUCUUUUGUUAAUUUCUUUUUGUCAUCAACAAGAGCCAUUAAAGAUUUUUUCCCCCCACGGCUAUAUCUGGGAUAUUCACUUUUCUAAGGAUCACCUGUCCCUCAGUCAAGAUGAAAAAAUGCACCGGCUUUGAUAAGAAAUUGUGCUUCUGUGCUAUGGUCACCUUGGUCAGCUUCAUCUACUGGAUCAGCACAAUGAGUACUGGUGGGUUUCGCCAACCCGCUUUCAAGGUGGCCCAUGCGGUCAGGGUGGACCCUACAGUCAUGCUAUCCAACUCAGUAAAUGUGUCCCCUGGUGUCAGGAUGCCUCAAACGGUCAAGGUACCCCCCGUGUUCACUGUGCCUCCGGUGGUCAAGGUUCCCUCAGCAGUCACAGUGCCCAACACAAUGGAGGUGCACCACUCAGACACAGAACCCCCUGCAGUCAAGCUUCCCACUGGGUUCAAGGAAACCCCUGAGGUCAAGGUGCCCCACAUGAUCACAGUGCCCCCUGCAGUCAAAGUUACUCCAGGAGUAAAGGUGCCCCCUGGGUUGAAGGUACCCUCUGAGGUCAAGGUACCCCAAACAGUCACAGUACCACCUACUGUCAAGGUUCCCUCUGGGUUGAAGGUACCCCCAGUACCCCCUCCAGUUAAGGUGCCCCAAACAGGCAAGGUUCUCCCUGCAGUCAAGGUGCCCCCUGCAGUCCCGGUAACUCCCGUAGUCAAGGUUCCCUCUAGUAUGAAGGUGCUCCCUGAAGUCAAGGUUCCCCCUGUGGUCAAUGUGCCCCUUGAGGCUAAGGUUCCCCCAGCAGUCAAGGUGCCCCCUCUGGUAAAGGUUCCACUGACAGCCAAGGUUUCCCCUGGGGUCAUGGUGCCACCCGUGAUUAUGGUACCACAUGCAGCAUGCCCCGUCCGGGUGAGCGAUGAUCCUAUCACGCGUCUGACCGGCACAGAGCACCUGCUGGUGUCAGCCUACGUGGACGGGAGGUACACUGGCAAGGACAUGCGAGUCAUCUCCAUCGUCAAGAGGUACCCCUUGCCGCAGCUGCACUGCGUCUUCUGUUGCCGGGAUUCAUUGACUCAAGUGAGCCCGGCGAGGGUGGCGCCACAUCCCCACCUCUGGGGCUACAAGUACGUCAGCACAUACAUCACGUGUCAGAUUCCGGUGGAUUGCCGAGAUUCUCACGUGGCCGUGGUGCCGUCUGAUCACCGCAACGAUACGGAGAACCUAACGUGGCUGCCCGUGAGGAACCAGAAGCAGGGGGCAAAGGUGGAGAGAAAAUUCGAGUUCAACUUGACAGUAUGCAUCUCUGUCAUGUACGAACCUUUCAACGAUGUCCUCCGGACAGCGCAGGUCCUGGAGAUGUACAGGUUGCUGGGCGUGGACAAAGUGGUGCUAUACAACACCAGCAGUGGCCCAGAAGUGGCCCGCUUAUUGCGGAGCUACGGUCAGGAUGGCUUGGUUGAGAUCAUCCCUUGGCCCAUCGACAAGUUCCUCCAUGUGGCUCCCGGGUGGCUUCCAUCAACGAGCCACGCCGACGUGCACUACUUCGGGCAGCUGGUCACGCUGAACGACUGCAUCUACCGUUCCAUGGAGCGCUCGCGCUAUGUCCUCCUGAACGACGUGGACGAGAUCAUCAUGCCAUAUCGCCAUGACGACUUGGUGUCCAUGAUGAACGAGCUCCAACAGCAGCAUCCUGACGUGAGCGAAUUCCAACUCGACAGCCAGGUUUUUACCCCACCGGAGAACGCUACCAAGAUAUUUGGAGCAUCUAGAUGGGAAGGCGUGCCGGGACAUGACAUCAUGCAACGUAUACACCGCGCUCGUUAUUAUCGACAACGCAAGAUGAUUGUUCAGCCGAGAUUGACGGAAGAGACGUCGGUGCACUUGGUGACGAGACGAUCCGGGAAAUCCUAUCUGGUCCCGGAGGAAGUUUGUCGCGUGGUUCACGUCCGCGACAUUUCGUCCCAAAUGCGUAAGCAGAAGGAACCCAUUCUGGAUAAGAGGCUGUUGGAUUUCCAGCAAAAACUCAUUCCCGCCGUCGACCGCGUGUUGAAGUGCGGUUAUUAUUCGCGGUGCGAGCAAGACGACCAAAAGACCUAAUUCUCACUUUUUGACAGUCAGGCAUGGAAAACCCCGCCAAUGGAUGCCGACAGUCACCGGUUUGGAUGCUUUUUGGAUUACAAGGGACGUCCCGGGGAUCCCAAACGGGAAACUAUGUUAAUGAAUGUAAAAUACACUUAAUUAUUUGCUAUUAAAAGGCUCAGUAUAUGGACAAUUUUUAGUCAAAUCUGUUGGAACCAGGAGGGAUGGCAUUGAGCGAGAAUGCUGAUCGCCAUUGACGGCUAUAGAUGUUGUGCAUACUUACACUGCUCAAAAAAUGAAGGAAACACUAAAGUAACAUGUUGUAGAUCUGAAUGAUUGAAAUAGUGUUAUUAAAUACUUUGUUCUUUCCAUAGUUGAAUGUGCUGUAGAUCUGAAUGAUUAAAACAGUUUUAUUAAAUACUUUGUUCUUUCCAUAGUUGAAUGUGCUGACAACAAAAUCACAAAAAUUAUCAAUGAAAAUCAAAUGUAUCAACCCAUGGACGUCUGUUGGAAUUAUGCUCAAAAUUAAAGAGGAAAAUCACACUGCAUGCUGAUCCAACUUUGAUGUAAUGCCUUUUAAACAAGUCAAAAUGAUGCCUAACGUCAUAACACCACAAGAAGGCAAAAAACGCUUUUGGCACACAGUUAUGUCAUGUAACACAC